CUUGGACUACAGCGUUACGUGGCACAGACUUACGCGCUUGUUGCAUAUAAAACAAGCCGAUGUUGAAGCAAACCACAGAAUCAAACAAACUUCAAAAUGAACAAGGUACUCAUCACUCUUGCACUUCUUCUUGCCGUGACUGUGGCCGUGCCACAAGGAAGACGAUUCGGCGGUGGUGUUGUUGGACUACGUCCCAUUGGUGGUGGUUUCGGUGGACUUGGUGGACUUGGUGGAUUAGGUGGAUUUGGUGGAUUAGGUGGCAGUGGAACCGGUGCCGGUGCUGGAACAGGAUCUGCUGGAUUUGGAGGAGUUUCGGCCUCAGGAGUCGGCAUUUCAAGCGCUCAGUUGGGUGGAUUCGGUACAGGCAGUGGAAGUGGAUCUGCUGGAUCCAGCCUUUUCACCGGCCAGAACUUUGCCACUGGUACCGGUAGCGGACAGAGUGCCGGCAAAUAAAUGUUCUUAAAGCCAAAACCGAUUCAGCAACAUGUUGACGGAAUAAUUUGUAUACUAUGUACGAAACUUUUAUAAUUAAUAAACAAGAUAUCUGCUAUA